CAAGCCAGCCAGCCUGCCUCUCCAGAGCAGGCGUGUGAUCUCUGUACACCGCAGUGGUCAGAAUAUGGAGAACUUCUCACUCCUCAGCAUCUCUGGACCUCCAAUCUCUUCCUCCGCCCUGAGUGCUUUUCCCGACAUUAUGUUCUCUCGUGCCACCAGCCUGCCAGACAUUGCAAAGACAGCGGUACCCACUGAGGCAUCCAGCCCAGCUCAGGCCCUGCCACCCCAGUACCAAAGCAUCACUGUCCGGCAAGGGAUACAAAACACAGUGCUCUCACCAGACUGCAGCUUGGGGGACACCCAGCAUGGAGAGAAGCUGAGGCGGAACUGCACUAUCUACCGGCCCUGGUUCUCCCCCUACAGCUACUUUGUGUGUGCAGACAAAGAGAGCCACCUGGAAGCUUACGACUUCCCAGAGGUGCAACAGGAUGAGGGCAAGUGGGACAACUGCCUUUCCGAGGACAUGGCUGAGAGCAUCUGUUCGUCCUCUUCCUCCGCAGAGAACACUUGUCCUCGAGAAGCCACCAAGAAAUCCAGGCGUGGCCUGGACUCCAUCACAUCUCAGGACAUCCUAAUGGCUUCCAGGUGGCACCCAGCACAGCAGAAUGGCUACAAGUGCGCGGCCUGCUGCCGCAUGUACCCCACCCUGGACUUCCUUAAGAGCCACAUCAAGAGAGGCUUCAGGGAGGGCUUCAGCUGCAAGGUGUACUACCGGAAGCUCAAAGCCCUCUGGAGUAAGGAGCAGAAGGCCUGGCUCGGAGACAGGCUCUCCUCGGGCAGCUGCCAGGCCUUCAAUAGUCCUGCUGAACACCUUAGGUAAAUUGGCGGUAAAGCCUACUUAUGUCUCUAGAGAGAUGCCAAUAAAGUUAGUCACAGCCUUCUGUCCAGUCUGAGGUCACCCCGUAUAGCCUGCUGUCCUUCCCAGAACCCGGCUCCCAUCCCCUUUGGCUAAUGGUUGCCUAGCAACACCAGGCACACACCCUCCCCUUUCUCUCUUUUAAAAAUAAAGACAAUACCUGAAGUUUGGGAA